GUUCCACAAGCUUUCUGGAGAUGGUUGUGGAAUUCCCAAAACAGUAUAGCAAAUGAUGAUCGCAAAAACAUCAUGUUUCUGUUUAGACAAAUAAUGUACGCUACCAGUGUAGAAGAAUAUGCAGAGAAUGUUAAUAAAUUUUUUAACUCAAAGUAUGUACAGAAUUAUCCAAAUCUAAUAGCACACGUAUCCAGUUUCUUAAAAAGAAAAGAAGAAUGGUGUAUGUGUUAGAGACUGGAUGUUCGAAAUCUUAGCCAUAAUACAAACAAUUAUUCAGAAGCUACAGUAAGGAUAUUAAAAGAAAUAAUUCUGACAUGCCUCAAAGCAUUCAACUCAAUAGCUUUAUUAGAAUUUGUGCUUAAAAUUUUGGAAAAGUAUUUAUCUAAAAGACUGCUAGAUAUCGUGUUCGAUCGCUUGAAGAAACCACAUUUGCUUUUCAAAAGUAUAUUGAUAAAGGGCAAAAAAUAAUUGAAGAGUGUACAGUGGAAAAAGAAGACAAAAUUUACAUUGUGCAAUCACAAAAUGAUAACACAUAUUAUCAAGUUGAUAUUGGCAUAUGUAGUUGUCCUGUAGGAAUCCAAGGUGCUUUCUGCAAACAUCAGGCAGCUGUACACAUUAAAUUUGGUGUAACAUUUCCAAAUGCUCCCAUAUUAACCAUGCAAGAAAAGAAAAAUUAUUAUUGUAUUGCUGUAGGCAGUACAAAUGUUUGUAUGAGCUUUUUAGAACCAAUGACACCUGGUCCCAGUCAUUCCAGUCAAACUACAGAUAUUAUGGAAAUAGAUCCAUAUACCGAACAAGAAAAUGCUAACAGCUUACAAUCUACAAAUACUUUUCUCAACUCUUUUUCUGAUACUGUUGUAAACAGCCAUGGAGACACAUUCAAUUCAUCAUGCAUAUCAACAACAGAGAAAUCAGUAUCUUCAGAAAAUGCUAGCAUCAUAUCAAAAUUUCGAAGUGAAAUGGAUCGCCUAGCCAACCUCAUGGAAAACAACCCUGAUACUGGUAUUUUAAAUUUGACAGAAAAAUUUUUUGCAUAAAACUAAAAAUAUUUGUACAACAUCAGAUUUAUAUCAUUUUUUUUUUUUUUUACCAAUACUCAAAAAACAAAUCAACUUUUCGUUUUGGCCGAAAAAUUAAAGUGCAGCCAACUUCAAUAGCUUGACGAAAAGCUUCAUCAUCAAGAGGCAGUUUAACUGUUCGAAGACCUCGAACAGGCAUUAGCAUAAAAUCAAAACGACCACGAUGUCUUAUACAAAAUAUUUUACAAAAUCGUCCAAAUGCUAUAAGCCAUGAAGAAGGUCACUAGCAUAUUUUAGUUGAAUUAGUUAUGGUAUUGAAUGUAUUUACUUUUUUAUAUUUAUAUUGUUGUAUUUACUUUAAAUUGAUAGAAAUAAAAUAAGAAUAUAUUUAAUUUCAGAAAUUAUAUAUAUGUGCCUAAUUAAACAAUAAAUGAUUUUAUUUUGAAAGACACAGUUUUAAUUAUGCAAAACUUAUAAACUGAAGAUUUUUCUGUCAUGCAAAACAUUAUCUAACACUAUAUCAUAUUUUACAAGGUAUAGGCAACUUAUAACAAACAAAAGAAAAUUGGAAUAAAAAUAUGUUCAUAUUUAAUGACUAAGGCCACAAUAGGCAAUUGAAACUAACUUUGAGUACCUGGCAGCAAAAUAUGAACUAUAUGUUCAGAUUUUGUAGCUUUAGUAAAACAAUUAUACCCAUUUUUUCAAACCAUUCAUUAUAAUACUGAAGGUUUAAUUAAUUUUCAGUGUUAUAGGUAACAAAUUAUAUUGCAGUUUAAAAAUUUCUGCUGUAAUGAUAUAUUAAUCUCACAAUAUUGCAUAAAGUGAAAACUAUAUUGUAUUUCAAAGAUUUCUAUGUAUGGUAAAUGUUAUUGUCAUACAUAAUUUCCAUUCUAAUGCAUAAAUUUCUACAUACAACUAUGUAGGGUACCAAAUACAUUUUAAUCUGAUAAAAUCAACAUUUGCA